AUGGCAUUCCUCCUCACCCACCUUGCCAAUCCCCUAGCGUACAUUGUACCCGUUUUACUAGCAGUAGCUUUCUUAACACUGAUUGAACGAAAAGUUUUAGGAUACAUACAACUCCGGAAGGGCCCAAAUAUUGUAGGACCCUACGGACUAUUGCAACCCAUUGCUGACGGCGUUAAGCUGUUUCUCAAGGAACCCGUGCGACCCUCAACCUCUUCUCCUGUAUUAUUUUUAUUCGCCCCUAUGCUAGCCCUCACCCUUGCCCUCCUAAUAUGGGCACCUAUGCCUCUCCCACAUCCAAUUUUGGAUCUAAACCUAAGCAUUCUAUUUAUCCUCGCCCUUUCAAGCCUGGCAGUAUACUCCAUCCUUGGCUCGGGAUGAGCAUCAAAUUCAAAAUACGCCCUCAUUGGAGCCCUCCGAGCCGUUGCCCAAACCAUUUCCUACGAAGUUAGUCUUGGGCUUAUCCUACUAAGCAUUAUCAUUUUUUCAGGCGGGUUCACCCUGCAAACCUUUAGCACGACCCAAGAAAGUGUCUGACUCCUCCUCCCAGCAUGGCCACUAGCGGCAAUAUGAUAUAUUUCAACCCUUGCCGAAACCAACCGGGCCCCCUUUGACCUAACGGAGGGGGAAUCCGAACUAGUCUCAGGAUUCAACGUAGAGUAUGCCGGAGGACCCUUCGCACUAUUCUUCCUGGCGGAGUACGCCAACAUCUUACUAAUGAACACUCUAUCUGCUAUUUUAUUCUGAGGCGCAAUGUACACCCCCAUCUUCCCCGAGCUUACCUCACUUAACAUAAUAACAAAAGCCUCGCUCCUCGCGGUCCUGUUCUUGUGAGUGCGAGCCUCCUACCCCCGGUUCCGAUACGAUCAACUCAUGCACCUCAUUUGGAAAAACUUCCUACCUACAACACUUGCCCUGAUUAUCUGACACCUCUCCCUCCCCACAGCAUUCGCCGGGAUCCCACCACAAUCCUAG